AAUCUGGUAGCUAGGUUAAACCCCAACAGCCAAAGUCAACGUGAGAGCGUGUACGGGACAGGGGUAAGCGGAGGUGUGUCUGUCUGAGAGCAGGACUCAGCACAGGACACAAGCCGCAAACCUACCGCAGGAUAUUGCAAAAAACGCUACAAAAACAGCGAGUCACAAUGUUUUCCACCACAAGCACCCUCAUCAAGAGCACCCGUGUCAUCCAGCGCGUGAGGCUUCUACACACUUCUCCAGUCGUCGAAAUGCCGAUUCAGGUUGGUCAAAAUCUCCCCGCAGUGGAAGUCCAGGAGGGGGAGCCAGGAAAUAAGGUGGCUAUGGAUCAGCUCUUCAAGGGGAAGAAGGGAAUCCUGUUUGCUGUACCUGGAGCUUUUACCCCUGGUUGUUCCAAGACUCACCUCCCAGGUUUUGUGCAGCAGGCUGAGGACUUGAAGAGUAAAGGUAUACAGGAGGUCGCUUGCAUUUCUGUCAAUGACGCAUUUGUGAUGGCUGCCUGGGGAAAGGAGCAUGGAACAGAUGGCAAGAUUCGAAUGCUGGCUGAUCCUACUGGAGCGUUUACAAAGGCGGUUGACCUGCUGCUUGACGGUGAUCAGAUUGUGCAGGCACUUGGGAACAAGCGAUCCAAGAGAUACGCUAUGUUGGUGGAAGAUGGAGUUGUGAAGAAGAUCAAUGUGGAGCCUGAUGGCACUGGGCUGACCUGCAGCCUGGCUUCCAACGUUCUGUCUGAACUGUAGGCUGAUUUAGAGCGUAUCAAACCAAACCGCAAACACUUACUGUAGAAGUUGCACUAACAAAACCCAGUACCACCCUGCUUAAGCUUCCUUUUCCGCAAAGAUGGAUACUAAUGUCACAUGGAUACUAAUGUCAAGAACAAAGCUGGAAGGUAAUUAAUGCGCACAACUAUGACAUGAAUAAUGACAAUCCAAAGGAACUAGCAUCAUCCUCUGUAUACUGAAAUGUGUGAGAGAAUAAAAUUCACCCUUAAAGCAA